GCGCGUCUGGGAAGACAGAGUCGCUUAGAUCUUGCUUGCUCAAAUUCUAUCUCUGAUCUCUCUCGUCCUGUCAAACAUCGAUCUCUUUAGAGUUUCAGUUUCGAAUUUGGAUCUUCGAAGCUCGAUCAAAGCAAUGGCGAAAGGUAGAUACUCUCGCCUUCCAGCUCGAAAAUCAUCGUCGUCGACGAUGAUUCUGACUCUGCUCCUCAUGUUCACAUUCGUCAUUCUCAUACUUCUUGCCCUCGGAAUUCUCUCUAUUCCUAGCAAUUCCGGUGAUCCCUCUCGCAAGGCCAACGAUCUCAGCACCAUCGUCCAUAAUAAAGUGGACAGGUAUGGUGUUUUUGCUGUGAUGUUAAGUUCUGUUUUGUUGAAUUGGAAUUGGGAUCUCGUUAUUUAUUUGAUUGUGUGUAAUUGCAGUAUCGAGGGAGACGAUGGGGGACAAGAACACUGGGCUGAGGUGAUCUCGUGGGAGCCUCGGGCUUCUAUCUAUCAUAAUUUUUUGAGCAAAGAGGAAUGUGAUUACCUGAUCAAUCUAGCCAAGCCUCAUAUGCAAAAGUCUACAGUUGUUGACAGUGAAACUGGGAAGAGUAAAGAUAGCAGAGUGCGAACAAGCUCUGGCACAUUCCUUCCAAGAGGUCGUGAUAAAAAGAUAAGGGAAAUUGAGAAGAGGAUUGCUGAUUUCACCUUCAUACCUGUAGAACAUGGGGAAGGACUCCAAGUUCUUCACUAUGAAGUUGGGCAAAAAUAUGAGCCUCAUUUUGACUACUUCAUGGAUGAGUUCAAUACCAAGAAUGGGGGUCAACGCAUAGCAACUGUUCUUAUGUACCUCUCAGAUGUUGAAGAAGGGGGUGAGACAGUAUUUCCUUCUGCCAAAGGGAACUAUAGUGCUGUGCCUUGGUGGAAUGAGUUGUCUGAAUGUGGAAAAGGAGGGCUUUCUGUUAAACCAAAGAUGGGCGAUGCAUUGCUUUUCUGGAGCAUGAAACCUGACGCCUCUCUGGAUCCUUCGAGCCUGCAUGGUGGUUGCGCAGUGAUUAAAGGGAAUAAGUGGUCAGCUACCAAGUGGAUGCGUGUGAAUGAGUACAAAGUCUGAACUAUACUCUUAAAGUUAAUUGUAUGACUAAACAUCUGAAUUGUAAUAUGCCACUCCUGAGAGCGAGCACCAGCACCAACGGACGCUGAGUAGGCGUGUAACCUACUUGUAUACAGCUGAGCAUAAAUUUUGAUAUUCCACCGUUGGGAGCCUUUCAUUGGAUAGUUUUAUUUACGGUAAAUCAGAAUUAGGUUGAGCAUUUGAGUUGCUGAUACAGAAAUGCUCAUGACCUAAUUUUAACUGAGAUUAUAUUUGUUUUGUCCAAUAAUAAAUUUCUAUGGAAGUAUUUGUUUUAUCCAUUAA